CUCCAUCCGAACAUGUCGAUAUUCCACAAAGACGACUCCGAGGUCCCGUUUCCCACACCCAGCCCUCCGAUGUCCCCAUCCAAGCAACGCAAAGGGGGGAUGUUGAAGAGAAUGUCGAGGGUAGCCAGCGAUGGAGCGUACGACAGUAUGCCACGAAUUGGGCUCCCAAAGAAGGUGAAGUCGACCCUUGCGAAUCUUGCCACAGGUUCUGACGCCUCAAUUGGACGCGCAAGCGCAGAGCUUUUUGCUCGUCAAUCUCAGGAUACCUCUCGAACUUCUGCAGAGAGUAUCCGGACACCCAUCACACCCAUUUCAGAUUCUAAGCUCCCUGCGGACGGGAAGUUUGGCUCAUUGCGCUCGAUCCUUAAACCUGGUAACACGCCGGGCACAGGUCAGAGUGUUCGCUUCUUCUCGAGAGACGCCUAUCGCGUCAUCACCCCUGAGGUCACCAGCGCAAGCGAGAUGGAAGACUCGAGAUUCAAUCGCUUGCAGAAGUCAGCUGCACCUAGGCCAACCGUCCAGCAGGUCUUUACCGCGCCGCCGCCUACACCGCCGCCACUGCCAAAGGAUUCCAAUCCUAUCACGCCCGGCUUGGCCUCGAUAAUCGCCCCAGUAUCGCCGCCUGACGUCGGCAACAUCUUUGGCGCAUCCGCGUUCGAGCUGCCCGCUAUCCCCACCGAUCUCGGUGCCCCGCUCCUCGACUCUGCCGUGGAGAUCUCUGAUACUGAUGACCAGAGGUCCAUGUCAGCUGAAUCUGUUGAGAAGGAGCAAGAGAAUAAUACUUUGUCAGCAUCGCCGACCCUGAAGUUGGGUAACCCCACACCAGACCGUAGUCAUUCCUUCAGCUUUGGGCAGACCGUCUUCCGCUCAGCGGUUGAGGCGGCUGCGGAAACAUCACCGGUGAAGCCCUCUCCGACACAGCGAAAUCGUGCUUUCAGCGACACCAUUUUCACCACCUUGGCCCAUUCUCCGGUUAUCACUGUGGCCGAACCGAAACCUCCGGAAGCAAGCAUUAAUGAUAACUCCAAAGCAGUUGUUGCCCAUCAGUCCAAUAUGAAAGAGCGCGAUCCGUUCGCCGCGAACGCCUCCACGUACUACACGCCAGGCACUAUGCUUCCGCCAUCACCGCCUCAAUCAACGCAUACACGUACCGCUUCUCGUGAGGAGGAUCUCAUAUGGUCCCUUCGGACCCAGCUCGCGGUCCAAUCGGAGCUCUGUGCGCAGUAUCAGGUCGACCUCUCUGCCAAAGACGAGCUCGUGGAGAUACUCAACUCUCGUCUUGGCGAGUCCGAAAAGGAGCUUGAGCGGCGGAAGAACAUUGUUCGCAACUGGCGCAAGCGGGUCACGGAGCUUGAAAAGUGCGUAAAAAUGCUCGAAGAGGAGGUCGACCGCAGUCGCGAAGUGAGCGCCGACCGCAGCGUCAUGGAUGAAGCUAGUAGCGAAGCGCUCCGCAUGCUUCACUGCCGGAUCAACGACCUCGAACGUGAAAACCAGGAAGCGGAUCAGCGGGAAAGGGACCUCCAAUCGCAAUUGAAAUCUGCGAACGCCCGGCUCGCGAAGGCGCAGGACGAGCUGCAGACGCGCGACGAGAGUGACCGCGAGCUGCAGGCGGGCAUUAAUGCCGCCAAGGAGGAAAUGGAGCAGAUGGGCAGGUUCGAUAUACAGACCCUUGAGGUUCGAGAGCGCCUACAGUCGAUGAAGUCGGCAUGGGAGGUGGAGCGCACGGCUCUCGUUGCCACCAACGACGCCCUGCGCAACGACCAACUCACCCUGCAAUCCAGGCUCACCGGUCUCCGUGAAGAGGUCGUCCGCAAGGAAGAAGAACUUGCAGUGCUCAAGGCUGAGCUCGAGGCGCAGUGGAGGCACACCGAGCAGAAUACCGAUGACGUCGAACGGCUCCGGAAGGAGCGGGACGCCCUCGCUCGGGAAGCAGAUGAACUCCGCGGGAAGCUUACUAGCUUAGACGCUCAUAGAGACGAGCACGAGAACCGGCGCCGCCAAUUGGAACGCGAGCUUGAAGAGGCUUGGGUCGCGCGGGACGAGCUCGGGAGAGAGCGGCAAGAGCUGGAGAAGCAGCUGCGGGCUGAGCAGAAUCACACUGAGGAGCUCACGAGGGCCCUUCAGGAGCGAGAAGACCGCGUCUCUCACCUCGAGCAGGAGCGCAAGUAUGCGUACGACAGCAUGUCUCGCCUGCAGGAGAACCUUCGGCAGCGAGACGCUGAGCUUGCUCAGUACAACGAACGUAUUCGGGAAGCUGAGGCCGAGGCCGAGGAACUCCGCGAUGGCCUCACCAGACAGAAGCGCGAACACGCACGCAUUGUCGACGGGCAGAGCCGCAAGAUCUCGGAAGUCGUCGCACGAGAGGUUGAGGCGCGUCAUACAUUGGAGAGGCUUGUCAGAGAGAAGGCGGAGGAUGAUGGCGCAGCAGACAGUCUGAAGGAGCGUGUCACUGCACUCCAGAACGAAGUCGACAAGCUUCGCAAGCAGGUGCACGUUCUGCAGCAGGAGAGCGCAGAUAAAGAGGUCAAGCUUGCGCAAGCUGUGAAGCAGAGGGCGCAGGACAAAGAGGACAUGCAAGGCCUCAACAUUGCGCUCGACUCGAAGCAGCAGGAACUAGAGCUGCUAAAGAGGCGUAUGGGCACUCGCGCGUCGAUUAGUCAGUCAACUGCGACCAAGCCCGCCGCCCGCCGAGAAUCAUCCAUCUUUACUACGCCGAGCGUUGUCCGGCCUUCAUCCGCCAUGUCAGACGCUAGUAGUUCAGCAAAGGAACCUGCGACCGUCACCAAGUCGAACUUAACCCGACGCCCUCCCAGCAUGAUUAUCAACGCUGCAACAAAACGCAUGGAAUCCGUGAAUGCACCCACUGCAAGACCCCGUUCUUCUCUUUCGCCACCUUCCUCUGCCACUACGAGCCGCCCGCCCUCCUCUUACGUUUCGCGCUCCAACUUGGCUGCGCCCCUUGCGCCAACACACCGCCGUAUGUCGUCGUCGCUCGAGCCGCUUCGCAAGAAGCCCGUCUCAGGUAACGAGUCCGGCACGGCGAGUGCCAGCGAGAAGGAGAACAUCAAAGACAGGACGCCCGUCGCAAAGACUAGCCGCCGACAGAGCGUCGUGUUCCCCUCAUAACGUACCCCGCGCAUCCUUAAUCAUCCUCUACAUUACUGUAUUGGCUAAGGUACCCCCAACACCCGAAACGAACGCGCGGAUACCCAUCUUCCUCGUCAUGUCCAUCACAAUCUUUUCCCACAACAUACCUGCAUCCUUCACUGCACGCUUCGAUUCACUCACGCACACACACACACAUACCGAUCAACUCGCUCUGCGCGCCCCCUCGCCUCGUCCGCUGUCCUGUGUAUCCUUCUUGCUCUCCUUCCCUCCCCGUCUCGAUUUUUCAUUGUCGUCAGUCUGUUCCGUCAUCGUGCAAUCC